AUGGCUUCCAAUAUGGAUGAACCAUCUGAACCUUCCAUCUUCGGCCCAAGUCAGGCAAGCACUCCUCGACCAUCGCCGCCACCAUCACUUCAGGACCGUCCGGACGAUGAUACUGGAGAAAUGCCCGACCGGGACGCCAAAGGGGGCUUCCCAUCAUCGCCUUUGCCCGGACCAUCCAAGGUGGACGAUGCAAAUUCCGAAUCGGAAGAUGACGACGAAGACCGUCUAAACAAAUUCCAAGGCCUCGCAAGUACGUGGUACAAGCACACUGCUGAUGAGCGCUCUCUUGCCACAUCUCUGGACCAGCAACGAGCCAACGAUCUUGGCGUACACCUGUACAACACCCAUGCCUUGAAAGCUAGAGUACGAGAUCCCGUACGAGCCGCUGCUGCCAAGCCAUGGCAGAGCAAGCAGGCCUGGAUCCAGCGAGAUAAAUAUGACAAGUCACCGUGGCAUCCAGAUGCACACUGGACCUCCUGGCCCUUGCCUGUGACAGAUGUGCCUCGAAGGGAUGAGGGCUUUGGUGUAGAUCUUGCCGUUGCUCACGAUCUUGAUACGUAUCGGAAGUCUGAACCAUGGCACGCGAGUCAAGAUAUACAGGACGAGCUACAGGCUACUGUGUUGCGCAAAACAAAAAAGCGCUUCAGUCGUCGUGUAUGGGCCACAGACCUUACAAGCUAUGUCGAACGGCAUGACGAGACCGAAGAUAAUGACGGCACGUACCACACGCCCCCCGAAUCUCUUGGGCAAGAUUUCUGUCAGCCAUCACUCACCGCAGAUGACGAUCAGUCGGGCUACACAAAAGUCGGGCAGGUCAUCGUCGACAACAACAUGGCGAUCAAGUCUCUGGUGAAUCCAGACCACAAUGUGCACGAUCACGGAAAGGCAUCGACAACGAGCACACAGUCCAGUGACGCUAAUUCGGAGAUGGCUGAGUCCGACGAGGGUUCGCCAAAGUGGUCUCAGAAGCCACGACGACGUGCUUCUGGCCAGUCUAAGCACGACCUCGGCCAGCGGGACUGGAGUGAUGUGCUCAGUAUGGCGGCGCUGACAGGCUGGGAUCUGGCCGUUAUAGAUCGUGCUGCGAAACGAUGCGCUGACUUAUUCGGAGAGACAAUGGCCUUUCGAGUCAUGCCUGAGACUGGAGCUGAUGCGAUUGACGAUCGCCUUGUGGGGUAUCGGCCUGAGAUGGUGCCUCUCACCGACUCGGAAGGCGAAGAAGAAACUGACUUGGCAGAGCCAGAGCUCACUCCAGCGUAUUUCUGCCCUUUCCAGUCUUGUGCACGGCAUCACGAAGCUUUUCCUGUACCGUUCAGAUGGCGUGAGCAUCUUCGACGGGUACACAAGCUUAGCGUGGCAGCCAUCAAAGAUGCUGAAAACCAGCUUCUUGGUCUAGUAGCUCAUGCCGACGAUUCGCCUCAAUACUUCUGUCCUUUUCAGUCGUGCGAACGGCAUCAUAAAGCAUUUCCACUGGCCUAUCGAUGGCGCAGACAUCUUCGUGAAGCUCAUAGGCUUAGCGACGAUGCCACGAGAAUUGCUGAGACACAGCUCACUGGAUAUAUUGACCCUACAUCUCCUAACAACUGCGAAGAUUCUGGUUCGCAACACGGCACGGCCGCGGCAGUCAGCUCAGAUAUGGUCGGAAAUACACCUAAAGAUGUGCAGAACGUGGAUGACGACGAGUCAAGCAUGCUAGGUGCUGUGCAUAGGGACAGCUUUAUGCAGCCUAUCACUGGCCAGCUUGCCAGAGGCAAGGACAAAAAAGGCCGGAGACGAGGGACUACGGACGAGAACAUUGGCUCGCCCAAGAAGAGAAGAGUGGUGGACGAUAAUUAUGUGGUUGAAGGUGACCUCGCCAUCGACUAG